AUGCAAGCCUGUCAACAUCGUCGAUUUGAAUGUAUUCAAGUUUCAUAUCGUAGUAUUAAUAAAUGUAUAACAAAUUUUAAUCGUUCAACAACUGUUGCACAUGUUAUUGAUGCAUUACUUGAUGAUCUAUCUGAAAAACAAUAUUUAACUAUAAAUGAUUGUUGUUUAUAUGCUGUUCGUUCACCGUAUUUAUUUCCAUUGAAAUCAACCGAAUUUAUUCAAGAUAUUCUAUUACGUUAUGCAUCAACUGAUAUUCAAUUUAAAUUAUCAUUUAAACGUAAUUCAUCACCAUCACGUUUUGCACAACGUAAAAGACUUCUUCGAACACCACUACAACAAUCAACAUUAAUAAAUGCUCAUGAACAGUUAAAAAUUCAAGAAUCAUUAAUACGAAGACAACAUGAAAUUAUAACAAAAUUACGAAAAACAAGUCUAUCAAAUAAACCUUCAUCAUCAAAUUAUGAUAAUUAUUUCGAUUGGGUUACUCGAAAUAGUGAUGAUGUAGAUAGUGAUGACAGCAGAACUUCAUCAGAUAUAAUUCCAAUAUGUAGACGACAAUCACGUCAGGAUGAAUAUCAUAAAGCUGUUAAUCGUGAAACAACAGAUUCAUGUCGUUCUUUAUCACGCGUUCGUUUUCGUCCAUCAACAAUAGUAACACAAACACAUGAUUUACCAUUGUCAACAACAUCAACACAAAUGAAAAGUAUUUUAAAAAAAGUUUCAUCAAAUUAUUCUGUGAUUCCACGAACUUCAAGUGUUGAUCGUGAUAUUAAUCAACUGACAGCAAUAACAUUUAAACAACGACGAAAUAGUAUUUAUACAUCCGAUGAUGCUGAUGAUGAUAAUUUAUCAGAUAGAAGUACAACAGAUUCA